AUGCUGGGAACUCUCACUGCUGUGCCCAUCAAGGUGCCUCAAGUCAGCUCGCUGCACCGGCUGGCAGGACAAGCAGCCACUCUGCUACCUCAGGUCAGGCCAAAGACCCAGAUCCCCGACAGCCUCCCCCACGCUCCCUGUCAGGAGCUGCAGCCGCUCAGCCUGCAGAGAGCCACCGCUGUGGUCAGUCCCAAGAGCGGGGGUCCCACCCUGCCCACCGCCAACAGCACCUUCAGCCCAGAACACCAGCCCAACGGACAGAGCGACGCCUCGCCGCCCUCGGCCCCGCCCCACGGCCAGUCAGUGGGCAAAGACUCCAGCGGUCUCGCCCAGCACACCGCCGCAGCGGGGCCCGGCGUGGCGUACGCCAUCAUCGCCGCCUCCCCCGCCACUGGAAAUGGAGUGUCCGCUGUCAGCGAGGCCGUCAAGGUGAAGACACUUCUCCGCAGCCCCGACUCGAGGACGCCGUCUCUGAAAACAGACUCUAACUCGCCCUCCGUCUCUCUCUCUCUUCACCAGGUGAUCAUCAUCCAGCCUCAGGCGCCCAGCAGCACCGAGGGCUCUCCGGGGGCUCAGGCUGACCUCCCCUCACAGGAAGCUCCGCCCACACCCAAAUCCCCGUCUCAGAAAAAAGAAGAGGACCCCGAGAAAAUCGCCUUCAUGGUCGCCCUCGGCCUCGUCACUACAGAGCACCUGGAGGAGAUCCAGACGAAGCGACAGGAGAGGAAGAGACGAAGCACAGCCAACCCGGCGUACAGCGGCCUCUUCGAGCCGGAGCGUAAACGUUUGGCGUCACAUUACCUGAACAGCUCGCUCUUCAUGUCAGCACGAGACUCUGAGGAUUUCUGCUGGAAGGAGGACGUGGAGCAUGACGAGCACUGCGCUGUCUGUAAGGAGGACGGAGAGCUGCAGCCCUGUCACAACUGCCCCAGAGCCUUCCACCCAAACUGCCUCCACCCGCCGCUGAAAACCCCCCCGAGAGGACCCUGGUACUGCCCCAAGUGUCAGAAAAAGGUGCUGAACAAAGAGAACAUGUCGUGGCCACAGAACUUUGUGCAGUCGUACGUCACCCACAAGACGGUGAGGCAGGAGGAGAAGCGACGGCUGCUGAGACGAAACAACGAGCUGAAGAACGAGUGUGCUCACCUGGAGGAGCAGGACGAGAAGCUCAACAGCUCGCUCAAACAGUGUAUGGACCUGAGGGAGCGCCUGCUGGGGCAGCAGAGGGACACUCAGGCGUCGCUCGAGCGCCUCAAAGCUCUCAUCCGCCUGAUCCAGCGCGACCAGCUCAUCCAGGUCACCAUGACGACCACCGCCACCAUCGCCGCCUCCCUGCUCUCCCAGUCCUGGAUCAAACAACCCACCAGCAUUACCGCCACAGCCGCUGCCGCCGUCGUCGCCGCCGCCACCCCGGGGCCCUCGGCCACGCUCCUGCAGAAGAGCCACGCCCACAGCCAGGACGAUGCCAACAACUAGCCCCGCCCCCCUUUUCCCCCACACGGCCGUGAUGAUUUCUUUUUAUCUGAAGAUGAUAUCUAAGCGUCUUUUCUCCGAGAAGCUGAAAACAAACUGAGAAAGCCUCUAUCCUCCACGAUUCAAGUAUUUUUUAAAACCCAACACCUACAGUGCUUAACGAGAUUUCUUUUUUUAAGUUCUUUUCUAUUUAUUAACGUUCUUGGCCUUAAUGUAUUUAUUACAAAAAGUUAGCAGACAGCGCCGCCGCCGUCGCCGGGAACACGACGGGGGCGGCCCAAAAGAUAUGUCCCUCUUGUUCUGCGUAUAGUGAGAGAGAACAGUAGAGCUAGUCGUAGUAGAAGAAACACAAAGCAUUGUGGGAAGUGAACGGACUGUACAUUGAUAUAUCGGAGUAGAUGUUGAACAAUGUUUUUGCCAUAAGAAUUCAGGAAACGUUCCAUCAGUGUGUGUGUGUGUGUGUGUACACGAGCCUUCAAACAAACAGAGAAGAACUUUUGUUCAGUAUUAAAAUAGAGUCAAAGAAAAAAAGUAUUUAAGAUUAAACUACAGAAAUUAGCGUUUCUAGUGGAGAGUUUAGUAUUUUCAUGCUGAUGCCUGUUGAUAAAUGUCGGGAGUAUUCGAGGGGAUCACUGUACAUACGUUGUAUUAUUAUCUUCUUCAUCAGCGCAGGGUUUUUUAUUUUUCUGGGUUUCAAACUUUAUUCAAACUCACAUCAGAGACGAACCCUGAAAGUUUAACUCUUUGUUCUCCGUCUGACACUGAAACAGGUUUGUGGUCUUAUGAGGACGUUACACACACACUCCUUAUAAGGGCGUUUCCAAAUCACGUCUGAACUCAGAUCUCAGAGCGGGGGAUGACAUCACACCCGAGUUAACCACGUCUCAGUUGCGAGUCGGACAAACAACAUGGACGCCUCCAGGAGUAGCUUUUGUCUUGUUAGCUAACACGCUACGUUGAUAGUUAGCGUUAGCGCGCUAAAAUAAAACGACGAUAGUAUCGUGAAGUUCUAACUACACACAGACGUCCACGCUGCUUCUACACACGGCUUAAACGUUACUUGGCGGCCAUGUUGGAUUUUAGCUCGGGCCACUGAAGGUUUUCCGAGUUUCCAAGUCGGAUUUUUCGGCUUCAGGAGGCCGUUCCUCAUCACGUAUUAACACUGGCGACUCGGAAUUUCCUACAAGCUGAUAUCAUCGGUCGAUAUCAACAUAUCCAGUGACCAUCGGUAUCGGCUGAUUUCAUCGCCUGUGGUCCAGUGGUUAGUGCGCGCAGCCCACGUACAGACGCUGAGGUCGUUGAGUUUGCACCGUGAAGUUUUGUUUUAUUGGUCAGACGGAGAACAAAGAGUUGAACAGCAGAAGGGACCAAAGGUUUUUUUUGUUUUCACAGCUGCACUCAAACACGACCACGCCGAGGAGUUCAGACGGCGUGCGAUGCAUCCAUUCAGUCCCCUCCCCCUUAAAAAAACCAGUAUGAGAAAAUAUGCCAAAAACUUGUUUCUUUGUUUUUGUACUGGGAUCGCUCAUUCCUCAAUAAUGUCUAUAGUGCUUUUUUUCCUCCCUGCCUCUUUUAUAUUUUUGGCUUUUUUACUCUUCGUGUUUUACGGACGUUUUAACGGCGUCGAGCCCGUUAAUCUGAUGAACACUGCCUCAAGUACAAAUGGUUUUUUAAAAUCCACACUUUUUUUUUUGUCUUUGUUGCGUCAUUUUUAUAAAAACACCAGUCAAUCAGAUGUGGGACUCAAGUGUCAAACUGCAACAACACUUUUUGACUGUGGGCGGAGCCAGAGAGGGCGAGAUGGCGUCCUCCUCCAUAACGACAGUUUAAAACAAGAACCAGGAGGCGGCCAUCUUGUCCUGCCGGCGCCGCUCGUCUCGCUAGUCUUCCUGCUGGUCCAGAAAGGUUCAGUUUAAGUGUAAAAAAAAAAAAAAGCG